CGUGAUUUCAGCCUCUCUAUCAAUCAACCCAACAUCUCAACUCACCACCACAUCAAAGCCCUCGAGUAUUCAUCCGGUGGAAUAUCUGGCAAUCAAGUCGACAUUGAUCCCGCCUGCCGAACUACAUAUCUCAAUACACACCUCCUCCAAAAUCCAAGACUCAACCACCAAACCAUCACUCCUUACAGCUCUUGCUCUCCGUCAAGCUCACUACCACUUACACAUACCCUUCCCACACCCCGAAAAUGUCGGACGCAACCCGCUGGAAAGCGACCAUCUACGUCGGCAACCUCCCUCCCCAAGCAACCCUGCAAACCAUCUCCGAAGCUUUCCUCCCCUUUGGUGAAAUAGCAGACAUCUCCCUCCCCAAAAACGACGGCCGCGGACCCAACGGUGCUGACAAGUCCCACAAUAAUGACUUCCUCGGCAACGGCCCCCAACAACAGCAACAACAGCAGUCAACUCACCGUGGUUUUGCCUACGUUGAAUUCGAGGAUGAGGCCGACGCAAAGGAGGCAAUCGACAACAUGGACCAAGCCGAGAUCUUUGGGAGAACUAUCAAGGUUUCCGCAGCCAAGAUCCCAAAGAGCGCGCAGACGGGUGGGCUGGGGAGUAAGACUGCUGUUUGGGAGCAGGAGGGAUGGUUGGCCGAGAAUGCCGUCAGUGAGGAGGACAGGCUCGCCUCUGAGCAGGCUCAGAACAGAGCAGACGAUCCAAUGCAAGGACUGGAGGGACUGGAUGUUGCUGGUCCCAAGCCAGAAUGAAGAAAUGGUUUGAGUGAUACUGACGAUCACGAGGGGGUUACACCAUGACAUCACCAACGGUAUCGAGGAACAAUGUUGAUAUUGCAGCCCCAAAAGGGGGAAAAAAGUGUGUGCAUAGCUACGGCGUUUAGGAGAAGGUGGCCUUUUGUUAGUUCAAGGGAAAAAAGAAGAGAACAAUGCCAUGUUGUUCUUUUGUUGUUUCACGCAUUGAGAGAAAGGGGGAUUGCUACCCGUUUGAAUCAGACGUCGAUUUCACCCUCCAAACCGACCCAGCCUGUCCAUCAUAUACAAAGGGCGCCCCGCCGCCUCCCAAGUCUAAAAAUGAAAAGACGAGCCCUCCUGC